CAGAAGACCCGCUCCCGGCCUGAGUCCGCGCCGAGAAGAAGAUGAGGAGACGAAGCAGAGGAGGAAGAAGGAGCGCACGUGGGCCGAGGCCGCCAGGAUGGUGCUGGAAAAUUACUCGGAUGGACCCAUGACCCCAAAACAGAUCUUGCAGGUCAUAGAAACAGAGGGCCUAAAGGAAAUGAGUGGCACAUCCCCUCUGGCCUGCUUGAAUGCCAUGCUGCACUCCAAUUCAAGGAGCUGUGACGGCCUUUUUUACAAACUCCCAGGGCGGAUCAGCCUCUUCACUCUCAAGAAGGAUGCUGUCCAGUGGUCACGCAACCUCUCUGCACCUGAAGGAGAAGAGCUGGAUGAUGCAGCUGAUGCCGAAAGCAGUGGGUCCAAUGAAGCUGCCAGCACUGUGAGUGGGGAUAAUGAUGUAUCUCUAGAUGAAACUUCUUCAAACGCCUCUUGUUCCACUGAGCCUCAGAGCAGGAGUGGGUCUGCUGUACGGGAAAGCCAUAGAGCAACUUCACAGGCAAACAAACAGAAGAAGAAGACGGGCGUGAUGCUUCCCCGUGUAGUUCUGACUCCUCUGAAAGUAAAUGGUGCUCAUAUGGAAACUUCAUCAGGUGAGCAAGAUUCCUCUCCCCUCUCCCUAUUGUGUGCAUUUCCUCUUGCCCUUGGCCCAUCCAGUUCCAUCCACAGCAGCACUGAUCGAGAUUUCUGAAGUACUUAAACCUGCCAAUUCUCUUAAAUAGUUUGCUGUUCUGUUUUUAAAAUUCUGUGUUAAAAUAUGUGGCUUCCUAGAAUGUUUGAUUUAAAAUAAAGUUUUUGCCCCUCUGUUUUGGGAUCACAUCCCUGAUGUAACUUAACACAGUUCUUAACAAACUACAACAGGAGAAGGGAAAAAAACAAGUGAAAGCGUUGCUCUUUUGUAAAAGUAAAAGACCUAGUUUUUUCCAAUUGUAGGCAGUAGGUGUAGAGUCUUGUUUUGCGAGAGCCUCCUUCAAAUCCUUACACAUCUGGGGAAAACCUUGAGCAGCUUUUUGUUUUGUCUCUCUUGUGUGCUUGUCAAUACAGGUUGAGUAUCCCUUAUCUGGAAUUCCUAAAUCUGAAAUACUCCAAAAUUGUCCACAUGGGUGACUGAGAUAGUGACACCUUUGCUUUCUGAUGAUCAAUGUACACAGAAUUUGUUUCAUGCUCAGAAUUAUUAAAAAUAUUG